UGUGCCUGUCCACAGCUAACAUCUCAACAGAGCAAAAACGAAAUAGUUAGAGAGACUGGCUGAUGAUUUCCUGUUAUGCUGUGGUGAUCAUCUGAGGGCGUCAUGUGUUACUGCUGUGGCUUGGCUGCGUGUCAGCAGCUGUGAAGAGUCUCUUGACGCUCGUCCUUUGACCCUCCUGGACUUAACUCUGCCAACCUGACACAGCUGUGGAAUCUGUCUGAAACUUUUCAGCUGGUUGGACGUAUUUUUUACAGUGGAGACACACCUCUUACCAGAAACAACAGGUGAAUUUCUAACCAGGAACGAGACAGAAGACUCAAAGGGCAAUGAAUGUCUCAGUCAUGCCGCAGAAUACAACGCAGAAUACAACACAGAAUACAACCGAUAAUGUGUGUGUUGAUAUCAAAAAGAGCCCCAUCAGUGACCUCCUAAUGUCCGUUUACAUCCUGGUUUUUAUUUUCGGUUUGGUCUUCAACGUGCUGACUUUGAGCCCCAUCUGGCAACAAGUUCGGCAGCAAAACAUUUUGGGCAUCUUCCUGCUCAACCUGUCCCUCUCUGACCUACUUUUCAUCUUCACUAUGCCCCUGUGGAUCAAUUAUUACCACCAAGACCACCACUGGGAGCUGGGCGUUGUGUCUUGCAGCAUAGCAGGCUUCUUCUACUACUCCAACAUGUACAUAAGCAUCUUCCUGCUCUGCUGUAUCUCUGUGGAUCGUUGCAUUGUUGUCACGUAUCCGCUCCGCUCCAAGACCCAACGUACAUCGCGCUAUGCCUGGGUGAUGUGCGUCACUGUUUAUGUUGUAGUGGUGGUGAUGCACAUCAUGGUGCUGAUCCAUGACAACCUCAAAGAUGCCCACGAUGAUGUGAAAGGCAAUGACCGUUGUUAUGAGACUUACCCCAUGGAGAAGAACAUUGCUUGGUUCAACCUGAUCAGAGUGGCCAUUGGCUUCCUGCUGCCCCUGCUGGUGCUGGCAGUCAGCUACUGGAAGGUGCUGGCCACUGUGGGCCAGAGUCCCGGCAUGAGUGCCCAGGCCAAGAGGAAGGUCCGCAUGCUGUCCUUCGGGGUGAUCGGGAUCUUCUCAAUUUGCUUUGCUCCAUAUCACAUUCUCCUGCUCACACGGUCGCUAGUCUAUUUUUACAGCGACACACGAAGCUACUGCAAUUUUGAGCAAGACAUGCACUUCUUCUUCUCGUGCAUGCUGGCGCUGUCCAGUCUGAACUGCGUGGUGGACCCUGUGCUGUACGCGCUGGUCAGUAACGGGAUUCGAGAGGAGGUGAGACUGUGUUGUAGGAGGCACAGAAGGACACGGACAGAGGGUUGUACUUUAUCUUCAUACACCAGAGGAAGGUCAAAUAAUUUAAUAUGAAACAUUAGCUGCACAUGAGUGGAAAAGUACGUCUGCGCAUUAGUUUGCACAUGUGUUUGUGUUUAAGCAUGUAUAUGAUUAUGCAUAAUACUGUAGCUGUUUGUUUGUCAUGUCUGUAUCGCAUGUUUUAGCUUGUAAGGAUUGAUGGAUUAUCUUCAAUCAACCUUUGUGUGCAAUCAGAUAUCCACUGAUAGAACCGCAUUGCCACCUUUGUUUUUUUCCUCCUCCAUAUCCUGCGCAGAGGUUGAAUAACAUGCAUCUCAGAGCUCUGUAAUUGGAUUGUAGCCCCAGGUUCUGCUCUCCCAAGAGUUCUCCAGCGACGGCCACUUCUGUGUUGGCGGAUGGACACGACUGCAGUUGAAGAGCCCUUGUGUUUUUCCUACAAUCUAUACAAGGAGGUUGACACUGUGAUUGUGAGAACCUGGUAUAAAUAAUGCAUUAACUGUGAUGCAUGCCAUAAAAAUAAGCACUUAUUAGCAUGACUGU